AUGCGUUUAGUGCCUUCCAGGGAUCUAGAUCCCUUUGCCUCACUACGCGGCCAAGGCGUUCUUGUCAGAGAUUCAUCAACCGUUCCCCCUUCCAUUACUUCUAAAACUCUCUCUCCUCCUCCGGCCACUAAAGCACCAGUGGUGCCUCCUAGGGCACUUAGAAGGAAUCGUGAGGUCGAGGGUCUCAAGGCUGAUGCCUCCGCGUUUCUUUCUUCGCCUCGUUCUACUCGUUCAAAAGACUCAGAUAAUGAGCUUUUGAGCGGGUUCCCAUCUGUAGGUUCAGCUGCUCGGGCCUCCUCUUCAUCUACCAAGGUUCCCAUGGGUAGGAAAGAGCCUAAAUCCAAAACUACCAUCAAGGUAGUCGAAGAUCCUAAAGCUUCCAAUUCCCCUCCCGCUAGCAUGGUUUACAAAAGGGUUCGACUUCCUCCUCGUUCGAGGAAAAUCGCGCCAGUUACCGCAAAAGGCAAAUCCCGACAAGUAGUUGUUUCUGAAGACGACUCUGCUUCCAAUGAAGUAGAGUCUGAGGACGAGCAAGAAGAUGAGGAUGAGGAGGAGGACUCUGCGCCUCCUCCAAAACGCCUAAAGACGACAUCUUCCAUUUCCGCUUCAUUGCCUCAUCGUCCAGUUAAACGGGUGUCUGUUCCCAAACGAGUAUCCAAGGCUGCCACAAAGUCCGCUCCUGAGCGUUCCCCGGAUAGCACCUUUCAACCAGACGAUUACGGCUCCCUGAACAGUCAACUGGGAGUUUUACUCCUUUCCCCAAAUUUGCUCAUGCCAGGGUAA